CCCAUAAAUUCCCUUUAGAUUUUAUCUGAACUAUUGAUGGGCCAUCUAUAUGCAUAUAAUAGUCUCAUUUUUAGUAAUCUUGAGAAGCUCAAUGAAAUUUCCUCUCUAAUAUCCUUCCUUUAGCCCCGUCCUCUUAUGAAACUCAAUGAAAUUCCUCUCACUUGAACCCAUUGCUUAUAUUGGUAAGUUCCUUUGCAACUACUUUGUGUCCUCGGAAUGGUGUGGAGAGAGUAAGAAUGCAUCCUAAAGCGUAUGAGGCUGCAAAGUAUGGAAACCUUCAUUCCCUAAAUUUGGGAGAUGGAGAGUACCUUCUCCUCCAAACAACGCAAAGGAUAACAACAUUCUUCACGUUGCAGCUCAAUAUGGGCAGGUAAAAUUCAUUGAACAUCUCCUUCAAUGUCCAUCAGGACCGUCUCUUCUUUGGCAGGGUAACUAGAAAGGGGACACUCCCCUACACAUUGCUGCUAAAGUGGGAAGCAGGGGAGCGGUUCGAGUCUUUACUAAUCUAGCGAAAUUAUUGUAUUGGGUAGCUGAAAAGGGACAAGUUGACGCAUGCAAAGAGAUGCUUCGAAAGCCGAAUUCGAAUAAAGAUACUGCGAUGCACUAUGCAGUAAAAGGAGGCCAUGAUAUGGUGCUGAAGUUGCUAAUUGAAGAAGAUCCUCAACUGUGUAAUAUUACUAAUGCUGUUAAUGAGUCCCCGCUUUAUCUCGCAGCACAUCAAAGACGUUCAGAUAUCAUUGAGCUAAUUUUAAAUGCUUUCCCAUUGUCAAUUUCUUAUAAGGGCCCUAAGGGACUAACAGCUCUACAUGCCGCAAUGCACUACGCACUACCAAGUUGGUGGAAAAUCCUGGAGAAGAUACCAGAAAUGAUCAGAGAAGGAGAUGAUGUGGGGUGGACUCCCCUUCAUUAUCUCGCUUCCUGGGGCAAAGUCGAAGCAGUUCGAUUCCUCCUCCAACACGAUACUUCUGUGGUGUACGUCUUAGACAAAGAGGGGGAAUCCGCCCUUCACAUUGCAGCAUUUGAAGGCCACGUCAAUGUCAUUGACGAGCUUAUUAGAUCCUGUCCUGAUGCUUGUGACAUAAUAAACACCAGAGGACAAACGGCUCUUCAUGCAGCUGUUAUUGGUGGACGAAUAAAUGUAGUCAAGUUCACACUAGGGAUGCCAAACCUGGAGAAUCUUAUCAAUGAACAAGACACCGAUGGAAACACGGCUUUGCAUUUGGCUGCGCUUCAUAAAUGGUACAACAUCAUAUAUAUGCUUGCACGAGACAAGAGGGUGGACCGUUUGGCCAAAAAUAAGGAUCAUUUGACCGCCGUUGACAUUUUUUCUGCUCAUAAGGAGGUCGGCUACAGAGCUGCAAAAGUUAAACAUGUGUUGGAAGGAUAUCACGGUUGGCCGUUUUGUCAAGACUGGGUUGUUCAACAUGUCAAGAAGAGGUUAAACAAGCAAUCUGUUGAGGAUCAACCAGGUGGGUCUGUAACCUCAGGAAGUAAUACCGCCAACCAAGAAAAUUUCUACUCGUCAAAAAGAAGCAUUAUCGACCUUCAACUACUAGUGGCAGUGCUCAUAGCGACAGUGACCUUCGCUGCGGCCUUCACGAUGCCCGGAGGUUAUAACAACGACGGACCCGACCAAGGAAUGGCAACUCUUGCUGGCAGGGCCGCUUUCAAAGCCUUUGUGAUAACUGACACUGCUGCGUUCUGCUUCUCCAUCCUGGCAUUAUUCUUACAAUUCGAUACUUCUGCAUUGAGCGAGCGCCAACAGGCGAGAUACACGCACAUCGCGGCAUAUUGCAUUUAUUUUGCGAUAUUGGCGAUGGUGCUAGCCUUUGCUUGUGGUACGUAUGUAGUAUUGACCAGAACCAUCGGGCUCGGAAUCAUUCCUUAUGUCAUGUCCGGAUGUCUCUUGACUGUGUACCUUUUUGGUGCUUUCCUUGAUCCCGAGGCUCAACCCCAAUUUAAAAAUAGCUCUGCCAGAAGAUUCGUCCGAAACUUAUUGUUUGAUUAUGGGGUACUUUAGGAAAGCUGCUAAAAAGUUGAGCUGGUUGGUUCUAUAGUCCCGUGACCUUGUGCACGCGAAAUUUUCUUUUUGCUUUGUCAGCCAUCGAGUUCGAGCACUUUUAUGUCAGAUGCCUGAUUUAAAACCUGUCACUGUCGACCCGUUCGAUUGAGCGCUGGCUUAAUUGCGGUGCUCGAGAUGACUGGAGCGCAGCAAAGGCCAACAAGUUUUACUUUUCGUGUAUGUGAAGGAUGUACAACUCAGAUUGCAUCCCAGUUAACCAAGUAAAAGCCAAGAGGGUUAGCAGUUGCUGAGCAAUUGCGGUUGAACUGCCAAGUUGGAAAUGUUUGGUGCUAAUCGUUAGGUUGAAACGAAAGUGUUGGAGUUUGGGGUAUUUUAAUUAUAAAAAAGCUCUGCAUUAAUGAGUUUUGUUUGUUUCUACUUGUUGAUUGCCAUUACUUUAAUUUUCAUGAACUACUUCAACGUUCUUCAACUUUGGUAGAUGUUUGAAGAAGUUUAUGAUGUAAAUUUGCAACGUCAAAUUGAUUUGUAAGUUUCCAACUUCUUUUAAAUUUUACAGGUGAACAGGAUAGAGAUUAAUAAAUAACCGACGUCGUAAUGAAUUUACCGUUGUCAAAUUGAUUAGUAAGUC